CCUAAACAUAGGAAAGUGAGGGAAAAAAAAAGAAGUGGCCAUUACUAGUAGUUUGGUUGAUUAGAGCAAAUCCACAUAAGCCAAACAACAAAGACGCCUUAUUAUAUAAAAAAAAAUCUAAAUCAAUCGUUUCAACCUCACAGAGACAGAGCACGCCUUGACCUACAGACCAAGUCCCACAUUUUUUGUUUUAUCCAAACAUGGGCACUUCCAUCCUCGAUGCACUUAAUGUCCGCGUAGAAGGCUCCGGCGACAAAUACCUUGUCUUCGCUCACGGCUUCGGCACCGACCAAUCUGCGUGGCAACGCGUGCUCCCUUACUUCACUCGCCACUACAGCGUCAUUCUCUAUGACCUCGUUUGCGCCGGCAGCGUCAACCCUGAUUACUUCGAUUACCGCCGCUACACCGCCCUUGAUGCUUACGUCGAUGACCUUCUUAAGAUCCUUGAUUCCCUCCGUGUCACUCGCUGUGCUUACGUCGGUCACUCCAUCUCCGCCAUGAUCGGAAUGUUAGCUUCCAUUCGCCGCCCUGAACUUUUCUCUAAACUCAUCCUCAUCGGUGCCUCUCCCAGAUUCCUUAACGAUGGAGAAAAUUAUCACGGUGGAUUCGAACAAGGCGAAAUUGAGCAAGUGUUUUCAGCGAUGGAAGCGAACUACGAAGCAUGGGUGAACGGUUUCGCGCCGUUGGCGGUGGGAGCCGAUGUACCAACGGCGGUUCGAGAAUUUUCUAGAACGCUGUUCAAUAUGAGACCAGACAUAUCCCUUUUCGUGGCGAGGACGGUUUUCAACAGUGACCUGAGAGGGAUUCUAGGAUUGGUUAGUGUACCGUGUUGUAUUAUGCAGACGGCGAGGGAUAUGUCGGUUCCGGCGACGGUUGCGACGUACAUGAAGGAGCAUCUCGGCGGGAAAAGCACCGUGCAGUGGCUUGACACGGAAGGACACCUUCCUCAUUUGAGUGCUCCUUCUUACUUGGCUCAUCAACUAGAGAUAGCACUUUCUCAGUAGCGCGUGGCUUUUAAAUUUCGUGUGGUCGCGUGGCUGUGGGGUUAACUCCGUUUUGCUGACAAAGCUACAGUGAGUCUAGUCUUCAUUCUCUAGAAGAAAUGUACGAAAGGUACCGAAAGUGGACACGUGUUAAAUAACGAGUGGGGUUUGGUUGUUAAAUUUGUGAGAUUUUAUUGUUGAGAUAAGAAUCUGCACGUGAUGUCACGUGGGGUGUGACCAUUUAUAGGUUCUUUAUUUAUUGGAAAUUUUGUAAAAGGAAACGAAGGAGAAAAAAACAAACAAGUGCCUUGUUUCUUUUAUGAUCAUUUUUAUCGUUAUUGUCAUGAUUAUUAGUUACUAGUUAUAAAGGUCUCUUGUUUUUACUAGUUUA